AUGGAUACAAAAACAAAUGAAAGAAGAGGAUUUUGUUUUAUCACAUACGCAGAUGAAGAACCAGUAAAGAAAUGGUUAGAAAUCAGGUAUCAUCAAAUUCGUUCUGGGAAGUGUGAAAUCAAAGUUGCCCAAGCCAAAGAGGUAUCAAGGCAGCAACAGCAACAACGAAAAGGAGCAAGAGGUGUUGCAACUGGUGGUCGAGGGGGUCCUAGGGGUCGAGGAGGAGGUCAGGGCCGAAACUCGAACCAAGGAUUUAGUAAUGAUUAUGAUCGAGGGUAUGGAAAUUACAAUAGUGCCUGUGGUGGGGAUCAGACCUGUAGUGGCUAUGGCAGCUAUGAUUAUACUGGGCUUAAUAACUCUGGGAACUGUUCAUAUGGACGGGGGCAUGCAGACUACAGGGGCUAA